AAUGUGUCAAGUCGCGAAAGUCUGCGUACAACGCUGCAGUAUAACGUUCAUUAUAACAAACCCCGCUCUACAUCUCAGAUAUACACUGGGGUAAUACAUUCACUUCAAAUCGACGAUAGUCUAUACAGUCCGCGAUGAACGCGCUGUUCAACAACGCCUUACGGCAAUCGACAUCGAUACGAAAAGACCUGGACCAGUUUGCCGACUCAGCCUCGCCGUCACCACAUCUCCAAGCUCAACUAAACGCGUCCCUGGCCACAUUUGCGCGGACUAUCGACGAUUAUGGCAAGCUUGCAAAGCAAGAGCCUGUACAAACCAAAGCAGAAAAGGCACAUGAGAGGUUAAAGAACUUCCGAGCAGAACUCGAAGAGUACCGGACAAACUUCAAGCGCAUAAAAAGUGCAAACGAGGAUAUCCAAACCACAGAGGCACGUACAGAACUGCUAGGCCGUCGCCCACACAACACAGCCACUCCUGAAAACCCCUACGCACAGCCUAACCUCUCUGCCCAACAUUCGGCGUUCGCACCUUCCCAGCCAUACAAUCCCAACGCUCCCUACCGACCGAACCCCUAUUCAGCUGGCGCGCCAGCAGGCGGCGAUUACGACCGUGAGGGUCAUGUUCUAAGGGAAAACACUUUUUUCAAUAAAACUUCGGAGCAGUUGGAUGAGUUUUUAGACAGAGGACGGACGGUCCUCGGCGAUCUAGGGCAGCAGAGGGAGAUGCUCAAGGGAACACAGAGACGGCUAUACACAGUGGCGAAUACCUUGGGUAUUAGUGGCGAUACAAUACGCAUGGUUGAGAGGAGAGCGAAGCAAGACAAAUGGAUAUUCUGGGGUGGAGUCGUCGUCUUCUUCUUGUUCUGCUGGCUGGUCAUUCACUAUUUGAGGUGAUGGCAUAAGUACAGCGAUUAGUGCGUGGGCAUGACGUCCUCUCGGAUGUUCAGCGGCCAUGAUUUGCAUUAGCGAGGCGUAUGGAGCAUAGUGUAUACUCACUGGAGAGUGCGUGUGAUGUUUUACGCAACAAGAGGAUAUAGCAGUAAAUUUGUAAGGAACCUCAUGCUACCUCGGGGUCAACUAAUUGUUCCAGAUACGAAUCAGUAAAGCUGACACGACCCGAAAAUAGAACAAUGAUCAAGCAUAUGCACAGCUCGGCCAUAGCGUUGAGUCACUCAUCGAAAUCCGU